AUGGAUCCUUUAUACUUUUCCAAUGCAUUUAACAUGGACUCAGGUUCCAGUGAUUUGAACUCCUCGCUGCUGACAAAUACAACAGAGAAUGGGACGCUCUCAGAGCAGCUCCCAUUCAAAUACAUCCACAAAGUCCUGAUUCCCAUCUUUUACAUCCUCGUAUGUGCAGUUGGACUCAGUGGCAACACAUUGGUCAUUUACGUGGUUUUGCGUUAUGCCAAGAUGAAAACUGUCACCAACAUUUACAUCUUGAAUUUGGCUGUUGCUGAUGUACUCUUCAUGCUGGGCCUGCCCUUCCUGGCCACCCAGAAUGCCAUCUCCUACUGGCCUUUUGGCUCCUUUCUGUGCAGGCUGGUUAUGACCGUAGAUGGUAUUAACCAAUUCACAAGUAUUUUCUGUUUGACUGUGAUGAGCAUGGACCGCUACUUGGCAGUAGUUCAUCCCAUUAAAUCAACUAAGUGGAGACGUCCCAGGGUGGCCAAACUCAUCAGUAUGACUGUCUGGACGUUCUCAUUCCUGGUGGUGCUUCCAGUCUUCAUCUUUUCAGAUGUGCAGGAAGACUUUCACACCUGCAACAUGAACUGGCCAGAGCCUGUCAACAUCUGGUCUGCAGCGUUCAUCAUUUACACGUCGGUCCUUGGGUUCUUCGGUCCUUUGUUGGUGAUCUGUCUGUGCUACUUGUUGAUUGUGAUUAAAGUCAAGUCUUCAGGGAUUCGUGUUGGGUCUACAAGGCGCAGGAGAUCAGAGAGGAAAGUGACCAGGAUGGUGGUGAUCAUUGUGGUUGUCUUUGUGUUCUGCUGGCUCCCAUUUUACAUGAUGAACAUUGUCAAUUUGAUAUUUAUACUGCCAGAAGACCCUGUGCUGGUGGGGGUGUAUUUCUUCGUGGUGGUCCUGUCCUAUGCGAACAGCUGUGCCAACCCUAUUCUUUAUGGAUUUCUUUCUGACAACUUCAAGCAGAGUUUUCAGAAAGUCCUUUGCCUCCGGAAGGGCAAUGGCGUAGAGGAUGGAGAUCCCAUUGAACAUAGGCAAGAGAACAGCAGUCGCUUGCAGGAAUCAAUGUUAACCCAGAGGAAUAUUGAAUUCAAUGGACACAUGCAGACUAGCAAGGUGUGAGGGCAUGGUCUGGGACUGCCAAGAACUUGUAGACCUGGAGAACUUGAGACUUAAGGGAAGGAUCAAAUCACAACUAAAAUCUGGAGGCCCACCAGCUCCAAUUAAUGUACAGAAUUUUCUUUUCGCUCCCUUCCAUUUCACAGCUAAAAGUGCUCUGGGUUAUACUGAGCUGUGUGAAGUUCUUGUGGUGUUUUAA